ACGGUAUAAACGUUCAGCAAGUGUGCUAGUUUUGCAAUGCCGAACUACGGUUCAACUACGGUGUAAAUCUACAUAGUCAUAGAGACGUUAAAGGCAUUAUUUAGUGUGGAAAAGCAGGCUCGUCACUGCGUCGACAGAAGCUCUGAGCGAAGUCACAGCAGCAGUACCCGGUAGCCAUGACGACGACGGAACAACCUCACUCUCCGUGCGGCACCCCGCCCGCGGCGCCUCUCCCCAUCUCUCCGCUGGCGCAGCCGCCGACCUCCCCGAUCAGGAAGGCUUUCCCGAGCUUGCCCAGCCCGCUGCCAACGCGAAGGACCAGGACUCAGUCAGUAUCUGAGCGCGCAGCAGAGGGUCCGCAGCACAAAGGCAAGGUUGAGUUUUUCUGCAGAGAAAAAGGACAUGGUUUCAUACUACCUGAUGGAGGGGGAAGCCACAUUUUUGUGCACAUAUCUGACAUCGACGGCGAAUACAUCCCGAAGCACAACGACAUCGUCACCUACAAGCUGUGCCCCGUGCCGCCGAAGAUGGAGAAGCUGUGCGCGGUGCACGUGACCAUAGUGCACCUCGAGACGCACACGCACGAGCGCUGGGACUCGCCCUCGCCGAGCCACAAGCACGACGACAAGACCCCGUAGGGUCAGCUCCUGAGGAGGAGGAGGAGGAGAGAUACGAGCCCGGGUGACGGGGGAGAGGCGUGGUAAGGGCGGAGGGAGGAGGACCGACCCCCCUCCGCUAUCACGAGGGCGGGGGGAGGUCCCACCCUUUCCGCUAUCAUGAGGGCGGCUGGACAACAUGUAGAUGUGUCUUCUUCGUGUUUAGUUUUUUGGGAGCGUAGCGGUUUUUUUGGGGGGGUGGGGAGACUCGCGUUGGAAUUCAUCCGGAGCAUGUUUUUUGGCAGUUUAAAAUCGUGCGGUGGUUUUUUUCCGAGUGAUUUUUUUUCCAACGCGGUUGUGGGUGCCCGGGAUUUCGAUUGGGGGUCAAUCGCCACAGGUUCAGCGUACGAAAGAAGAUUUUCGCGUUUCCAUAAAGAAACGUUGACACGCAAGAUUCGUAAUGAGCUUUUUCAGUUAUUUUUGAUAGAAGCGUCAAGCGAGAAUUUUUGAAGCAUCAAGCGAGGAUCUGAAUCGUCAAGCGAGAAAUUUGAAGCGUCAACACACGCGUGGUUUGUAUCCAUGAAGGCUGCACCUCCAUGUCGUUACCGGCAGAACCAAGUGAACGUGCCUUCCAGUCUUGGCUCUGCGGGCCGAUUUCGGGGCUCUGUUCCUCGAGCCCUUAACCGAAUGAGAGGCGGUAUCACUACCGCUCAUUCCUCACAGUUGCACGAAUAUGCGGGUUGGGCCUCAGGGGUGUCACACCGUAGCGUGUGACCUUCAUGACGACCUUUAUGAAGUCAGUAGCUUGGCCGUUACCACCAAUUGUCGGUGGAACAUAGCAUAAACGAUUAAAUUGUGCGUACGACUUGACGUAAUUCGAGAUCAUGAGCUUGAGUGUUUGUCUAGGGAGUAUGUAAGGUCAGCGAGGGUGUCUUAAAGUGUCUCAGAUUUGUCAUGCACGCAUGCACGUAUCAAAGCCUUGAAUGUCGCUAUGACUCGCAUUACAAGCACAUCGUUGGAGUGCUUCACUUACUACGCCACGCGUGUAACGGGUCGCUGCGUAGUAAAAAUAUGCGGAGUAAGAACGCGCGUGGGAUUUACCGAGAAAGCGUCCGCGCAUAAGUGAUGCGUGAGGUGCAGUCACUUGUUUAUCUGCGCGGCGAUCGUGACAUGCAAAGUCGUGUCACGUUCGGUGUCUCCCCUAUGAAAAGAAGUUUACCUCACUCGCCUGCUUGCUUGCCUGCCUGCUUGCAUGCUUGCCUGAUUGCUUGCAUGCUUGCUUGCUUGUGGAUGGCGCUUUGUGUGAGUAGAUAAGAGUAGUGUUCAGUGUUGGAGUGAGAGACUCUUUCUGAUGAGUUCUGAGUCGUUUCUGCGUGGGACCGUCACGUGCGCACGUAACGCACAACCACACGCCCGAGAAACAUUCGAAAUUACUCGUUUUUUUUUACCUUGCAGCGUAUCGACGUUAUUAAUCGCGCGAUGGGUUUCUAUGGAAACUGAACUAGCUGCCAAUUCAAUGAAGUUAUGUGUGUCUCUACGCGUCUGCGCGUGUUCUGUUGGAGAGAAAUAUGUGGAGAACGAAAUAUUGUCAAUAGAGAAGCCUAAGAACAACAGUGUAAGGAGAGACAGCAAGUGUUCGAGUCGAGAAAUGUUUGCAAAAGCACCGUUAUGUCGCUCGAUUUACGACGCUGGCGACGGCGUUCAUGAGUGACCACCAGAGGGCCCCUGUUGUCAAAAACAAAAGUUCUUGCAUUAACAUGAACUUUUCUCGUAGACCGGUCCUGCAUACGUUGCGUAUAAGAAACUUCUAACUUUGCCAUGAUUCUGUCAUCAACAGUCUACGAGAACAAGUUAAUGUUAAGACUUAAUUUUGUUCCCGACAACGGAGCCCAGGAUAAUAUAUAUUAUGUGUAACGGAGGUUUCUUUCGGCUAGCGAGACGAGACGCGUUGUGGUCAGACGCGGAACUGCAUCGUAAAUAAUAAUAUAGUGCCGUUGAUGGAUCCUACAGCAUGCUAGAUUCACACGUGGCGCGGGAAGGAAAUUCUUGGAAAGGGAAAUGUCGUAGGAAACUGACAUGACCUCGGUUCGUAAUCUGUUGGACGUUAACUGUGAAUUCAUUGUCGGGUCGUUGUGCGAAUGACAUCGGUUUCGAGGAGUCGUUGACGGCGUUUCGAAAGUUAGAAGGUAUAACUACGUACGUUGUGGUUUGCUCCUGGUUUGAAUGUGUCGAAUGUAUGCGGAUUAAUCGAUUAGCCUGCACAAAUUAACAAUUGAAAAUGGUAAAAAAAAUGCUGCCCGAGUUCAAGCUUAUCACUAAAUCAUUGUGGUGUGGGGAUUUUUUAUGAAAAAAAUUGUAGUUAGCAGAAUAUUCGUUGCCGCAUAAUGUAGUUUAAAAAUACUGGUUGCAUCUGGUGCGCUUUCUAUUGGUCUAUUUGACCGUAGAUAUAGAAAUACAGAUCUGUAUUCUAUGUCUAUGAUUUGACUAAUGUCAUCGGGUAUUUUUUUCAAGGUUGAAAUUCCCUAGCCAUGCAAAUCUUAAGAUACAUGUGACAGAUUGAAUACUGUUUGGUAGAUUGGGGGUGUAUUGGUGGUGCAGUGAAAAGCUUUAAUAGUAUUAAUAGUAUCAUAAUAUAUUAUGAUAUUAAGUAGAUGUUGUAUGGAAACUGGAAAGUUUUGCCCUGUUAUGCUACCUAAUGCUGUAAUGUUAUAAUUUAAUUUCGAUACAUAAAUGGCAUUCUGUCUAAAAUUAACAAGAUUAAUGGUCACGUGUCAACUUCUGCCAUAAAUACUAUAUCAUAAUAAACCCUGUGAAUAUUUCAUGUAUGCAAAGAAAACAUAGAUCUUGAAUAAAAAAAAACUUAAAUGAAA